UACAGGAGAUGACCAGAGACUGCGGACACAGUACAGGAGAUGACCAGAGACUGCGGACACAGUACAGGAGAUGACCAGAGACUGCGGACACAGGACAGGAGAUGACCAGAGACUGUGGACACAGUACAGGAGAUGACCAGAGACUGCGGACACAGUACAGGAGAUGACCAGAGACUGUGGACACAGUACAGGGAGAUGACCAGAGACUGUGGACACAGUACAGGAGAUGACCAGAGACUGCGGACAUAGGACAGGAGAUGACCAGAGACUGCGGACGGUACAGGAGAUGGCCAGAGACUGCGGACACGGUACAGGAGAUGGCCAGAGACUGCGGACACGGUACAGGAGAUGGCCAGAGACUGCGGACACACGGUACAGGAGAUGGCCAGAGACUGCGGACACGGUACAGGAGAUGGCCAGAGACUGCGGACACAGUACAGGGAAUGACCAGAGACUGUGGACACGGUACAGGAGAUGACUAGAG